AUGUUGGAAGGAAAAGGUUCCCAAGUCUAGGCACCCCUAGAUCCAAAUAAUAAUUCUACUAAAACUUAAGCUAAUCAGAAUUAGCAAAUAAUUAACAAUCCUAAUAAAGAAUUAUAUCAAAAAUACAUAAAUUUGAAUGAAGCUAGCAUUUGUGAAGAAGGAGUAUUCAAGGUCUCAUCAGUUUAUCAUAAUAGUCUUUCAAUCGAAGGAGUUAGGCUGGUAAAAAAUUAAACUUAAAUCUUUAUCAAUGGAGUUACUGAAUAAAGGUCCACUGGAGAUUAAGUAAGUUAUUGUUAGCUCAGAGAUAUAAACACAUAUGAAGAGAUUAAACUGAAAGUACUUGAUGUUGAGUAUCAUUACUUAGAAGCCUAAAAUAAAUUUAGAAAUCUGAAUGAAUUCAAUGUUUCUCCUUGUGGAGAAUAUUUACUCUAUAAUAUACAGCUAUCUAGAUAAGUAAGAUAAUAAAUACAUGUAUGCAUUCACAAAAUUGACGAUUUCUUUGAUAACAAACCACCUAUUAUAAAGAUUGGCAAGGAUUUGUUCGAUGGAAGAUUUAAAAAUAUAUUGUUUGGAUCCCUAAAUUAAGUUAUUUUUACACAAUAAUUGGACAGCAAUAGCUAAACUCCGUGGGAGCUUAAAAGUCUUGUUAUCUUCAAAUGCAAUUACACUAACCCGAAAUCAUUGGAAACUGAAGUGUAUGAUUUAUAAAACUGGUUCAAAGAUGUACCAAAAAGAGGGAAUGUAGGAGACAAACCAAUGAAAUAUAUAUCAUCUGAUGGAGUUUUUAGAAGUUUUAUUGGAUAUCCUGAAUUCGAAUUAUCUGAUUUCUUUAUAGAUAAGUUUUUAUUCGCAACGUAUAAAUAGACUAGAACCUUAGUGUUUGACCAAUAAACUCUCAAUAUCAUAUUUGACCUUGACCAUCUAAUAUAUUUUAGCUAAGACACAGAAUAUCUAGGAUAUGACCGUUAGUUUAAUAUUUUCUAAGUAACUAAACCUAAUUUUGGGAAUAUAGAAAAAAUUGGAUAACUUAUUCCUCCAGAGCAAUGGGUUUAUGACAGUAAAAAGCCUCAUGUAACAAACAUUUCAAUCAUUAUGAAUGCAUAAGGUAAAAUCAAAAAGAAAGGAGCUGUCUUAGUCUACGACAAGCUCAGAUUUAAUCUUAUUAACAAAUUUACUUUGAAAGAAAUUUAUGAAGAAAAAAACACAGCGAUAUAUUAUCAUUAAGGGCUCUUAAAAUACUUCAAUAACGAUAAUAAAAAAUUUCUUAAAAUCAAUCUGUAUAAUUCAAAAUAUGAAUAAGAGGACAGCAAUAUUUAUUAGCAUUCAGAUCUUUAUAAGUCUGAUGAUUCAUGCUAUGUAUAUAAUUGGAAUAAAAUAUCUCAAGUAUACGAUUUAGAAUAGCAAAGAGUUUCUGGCACACUCCCAGCUUAUUUAUAACCAAAAAUGUUUAUGAAGCUAGGAACUUAAUACUAUCUUGCGCAAAUUGAUGCAUCAAGCCUUUAUCUUAUUCGUUAAAAUGAUACAAGAAUUAUUUAAAAAGUAGGUAUUGAGGGAGGAAAAUAUGGAAAUGAACUCCAAUAAGUUAUUUCAAUGUCAGAUUAAGAAGUUUAAAUACUUGGACUCUCUGAUAAUUCAAUAAUCUAAAUUCUUCACAUAAACCUUCUUGAAUUUACUGCUCAGAUUUAAUAACUCAAAGUCUUUGAAGGAAAAUAUAAGAAAACAUUGAGAGUUGAUUAAAAGGAUAUUUAUCAAAUAUUUAAGAAUGAGUAAUCUAACUAGAUUCUGAUAGUUGUAGUCGUUUAAAAGGUACUUUAUAUCUAUGAUUUUAAUUAAAAAAUACUUAAUGAAUACAAAGGAGAUUUCCUUUUUAUAAGUCUUACAAUAAGCUGGAAAGAUAAUGCUCUUAUUGGACUGGUUAAUCAGAAUAUGAUAAAAGCAUUUGAAAUAAAUACGGGGUAACUACUUCCUAAUCUUUGUUACACAAGUAAAAACAAGAUUACUAAUAUAAAAGUGGUCUAAGAUUACCUUUUACUCUAUUUGUCUGGUGAUAUUAAUGCAUUUGAACUUAUUGAAAUAAAGAACAGCUGUUUUACACAAUAGAGAGUUUAAUUUCCACUUUAUCCUCUUGAGGACUUUUGCUAAUAUCCAAGGAAUUAUCAAAUGAUAACAAGUUAAUCAGACCGUAGCAUUUAGUACUAACUUUGUAGUACUGAUGAAAAAGAGGAUGUUUAAAAAACUACCUUAGUUAGAAAAAUUGAUCCUCUUAAAUUGUUUCAGACAAAUAAUUCUAGAAAUCUUGAUUAUCCUCUUAUUUAGCUUACUCAUUUGCCAACUGCUAAGUUUGUACUCUUAGAUAAAAACAAUGGAAUGAGCUUCUAUCACGAUGAAAGAGAUAAGAGAAUAGGCUUUGUUAGCACAUACUUCAUUACAGAUGAAAUAGUAAAAAUAAAAGAAGCUAAAGUGAUGAAUAAUGAUAAUCUACUCACAGAAUUGAACGAUAUUAGUUCUUAUCUUAAAUACUACCCAGGGAUAGGUAAUAUUUUGAAUGAGGUAGCUCUAAGACCUAUUAUCCUUGAAUUUCUAGCAAAGAAACUUUCUCUAAUGGAUAAAAGUGAAACUCCUAUUGUUAUUAUGAGAAACGAGAUUAAUGGAAAAUCUCCUAUUGAUGUAGCAUGUGACAAAAACCAAAUAAAAAGCUUAACUAUCUUUCUUGAACUUCUCACCAAAUACCAAAAUGAUCACGGGUUUAAUUACUUAAUGGAUGAUAAAUUAAUUUACUUCAUCAAAAAAGGUCUAGAUCUCUCAGAAUACUUUGAUAGCUUACUACCAAAGCUUUCAAUAAUAUCAGAAAAUUACCCUACAGAGCAUGAAGAUGAAAAUGAAUACAUUUAGAGUGUUAAUAAUUUAGAAAGACCAAGUGAUAUCAAUUAAAAAUAUGAGGAAAUCUUUGGAUAGAUUUUGGAAAUAAAUAAAUCAGAGGGUCUUGCUUCUAUAGAAUACUACUUGAUUAAUCUUCCUUCAACUUUGACAAUAAACCCGAAAAAUCUAAUGAAAACUCUAAGUGAGACUGAAAAGAUUGAGUACUUUGAAAAUCUCACUAUUCAAACAAUCAUCAAGUUCAAAUGGAAUCAUUAUACAAAAAACUUUUUCUAAAAUCAGUUCUUAAUCUUCUUGAUUUUUGUUGUUUCCUUUGUGUUUGAGAUUUACUAUUCUAUAAGCAGUGGAAAAACAUAAGCUCAACCGUCAAAGGAGGACUUAUUAAAAGGUAUGGAAAUAAAUGAAGACACAAGAAACCUUGCCACAAUGAUUGUAAACAAAUGUAUAUGCACAAUAGUUUUACUUUAUUUCUUCUAUUAUGAAGUAAGAUAAGCAAGAAAAUAAGUUGGGUAUUUUAAAGAGCUAUGGAAUCUCUCAGAUUUUUCCUUGAUAGCUUCUUACUUUAUUCUAAAUAUUAUUGAGUUCACUUCAGAUGAUAGAAAUGCACUUGUUAUCAUGCAAAUCAUUGUUGUACUCUUUUCCUUCCUUAAAAUUAACUUUUUCCUUAGAAUCUAUGAUGGCUUUAGCUUUUUGGUCUCUAUGAUGGGAGGAGUAUUCAAGGAUAUUUACUACUUUAUACUUUUCUUUGUCAUCUUUAUUUUAUAAUUUGGAUUGAUAUUCAUUAUCCUAUUCAGUGCCUAAUAUUUAGAGGAAUAUGAUGGAAUAGGCACUUUUGGUUAUUUUUUAAUGAUUUUCAGAAUAUCUUCAGGUGAUUUUGCUGUUGAUAAUUACAAAAAUUAGGGUUCAACAUUAAUGAUUACCUUAUCUUGGACAAUUUGGGUGAUUGCAGUUUUAAUUCUCAAUAUUGUAUUUAUGAACUUUAUUAUUGCUGUUAUCUCAGAGUCUUAUGAGAAAGUUAUGCAAAAAUUAGUCGCCUAAUCAUACAAAGUCAAAGCUAAUAUGAUUGUUGAAAGAGAAUUGCUUUUGAAUCCUAUGGAUGAAGAUGAAAGGAAUUUUUAUUAUCCUCAGUAUAUAAUUUUAAGAAGAUCAAUUGAAACUCUUGAUGGUGAAUCAGGAGAAUGGCAAGGAUUUAUUAAGGAUUUGAAAUAUACAAUUAGGACUUCAGCUUUAAAAUCAAAAGCAGAGGUGAUUCAAAAUGUGGUUCCAAUCUAAAAUAAAAUUGAGGCUUUAGAGAAAUAUUCUAUCUCUUAACAAGAGAUGAUGUCCAAUUUAAGAGCAGAAAUAGGUGAUUAGAAGAUGCUCAUUUAAUUACUCUAAAAAAGUGUCUAAGACUAAAAUCUUAAAAACGAAACCUCUGCUUAAAAAUAAGAUAUAAAUAAUCUUAACUCAAAGUUAGAAACACUGUCAAUCAAAAUGUAAGGAUGCGAAACAGCAUUACAACUCCUUAAUGCUAAUAUGUUAAAACUCCUUGAGAAAUGA